ACCAAAUCUACCAACCCGCCUCGUUGGCAUCUCUACUCGUGGUGAGUGUUGUGACAAAGACUUCCUCUGGACGAAACGGGUGUUACUGACCUUACUGUCUUAGUGAAGAAAAACGUUAGGCGUUAACUUGACGGAAGACAACCCAAAGUGGCAGUGAAGAUGAAGGCUACAAAGUAAAAACAGUAAAACACGGUAUAGCUUAAGUGAAGUAGUCGACGGCGAUCAAUCGGGUCGAAUCUCUGUAGAAGGUGGAAAUUUUGAUUAAGAUAUUAAUUAAAAUCGGAGAAUUUCAAUAUGGUGAGGAUGUACAAUGGCUACAUUUCCAGUGGCCUGUCAGUUCACUCAGUAAUGAAGCUACAUUUCGAUUGAUUCAAUCUCUCAGCGAGUCAGUGGUUUCCAAUGGCUUCAUCCAAAUUUUCUAUGAACCUUACUGAUGAAGCUAAUCAAGAUUUUAUCAGUAAUCUACCUACUAUUGUAACUGAAAAUAUUCUUAAACGCUUGCCAAUUCAAACCUUAGCUAGGAUGAGCGUGCUAUCAACAAAAUGGAAGGAUAAUUGGUUGUCUCAUAGACAUCUUAUUAUUGAUGUUAUUUUCCUUAUGCAACUAGAGAUGUCAAAAAGGACACUUGUUGGCCGAAAUGCCACCGACAUUGUUAGCAGUAUACUCUUUAAUCACAACGGCCCUUUACAUAAAUUACAUCUUCAUGUUUCGUAUACUGGAAAGGGAUCAUUCAUCCUUCUUAGUCCAUGGCUAUCCUUUAUUUCGAGGACUUGUGUAAAAAAGAUAGCUCUUUCUUUAAAUGGUGAUUAUGACCUCUUACCCAUACCUUAUCAUUUUUUCGAAUGCAAAGAGUUGGUGAAAAUAAGACUCGAGCAUUUUGUUCUGAAACCUCCACCUCACUUCAAGGGCUUUGUUAAUCUCCGAAGUCUUAAGCUAGUCCUUAUUAAAUGCAAACCUGCUGUGUUCGGGAGUUUGAUUGCAAGUUGUCCCAGGCUUACAUUGUUAGACCUUGAAAGCUGCAUUGACUUGGAUCAUGUUGUUAUUGAUGUACCCAGUCUUGAAAGCUUAGUUAUCAAAGGCGUAUUCAAUUAUCUAAGUUUCAAAAAUGUUGCUCGUCUUGCUAACAUCUCACUGUGUAUAGAAAAGUAUAAGAAUCCUAAAGCAGUAGAAUUGGACUCCUUCAAGGAUCUUGCAACUUCGUGUGAACUUCAACAUCUUCAUUUUGGGGGUCGUUUUUCUUGGUUUUUGGCCGCAGGUGGUGUUGCCGAAUCGUUUCCUUUGGCAUUUAACCACCUAAAUAAAGUUAGUUUCACAGAUCUUGACUUGGGUCGUGUAGAAGUAUAUGAUUUUGUUUUUCGCAUGGUUCAGAGUUGUCCAAGCAUCAAAGAACUUGAAAUUUCAGUUACACCAGACAGAAAUGCUGUGCAGCAAAAACUUGACUAUGAUGACAACUACAAGUUGGGCCAUCUCCUAAAGGUGAAAAUUACAGGUAUCACUGGAUCACAAGCAGAGCUGAUAUUCGUGGAGUACCUGCUUGCUAUCUCAGUCGUGCUUGAGAAGUUGUUCUUCGAGUGUGGAUUUGGAUAUUGUCCUGAUGCUAAUUCAGAGCUACAGCUGUUACGGGAUCUGUUGCAACUCCCUAGAACAUCACCAAAGGCGCAACUCGUUUGGUUGAAGAAAUAGAGGAACUAGGAAUGGGUUACUCUGUGGUGCUGGUAAUAAACAUUGUUGUUUUCUUUGCAUUUUUGCGCGAGUGAUUGAAAAACCUAAAUAGUGUAUCAACUCUCAUUAGUGGUUUUGUUGGAAGACUUGGAACAAAUAUCAUAUCAGAUAUAUUUUCAUGGAUUUAAUUUUAAACAA